AUGGGUUGCGGAAUGAGUGUGGAGGAGAAGGAGGGCAAGGCCCGGAACGAGGAGAUUGAGAACCAGCUCAAGCGCGACCGGAUGCAGCAGCGGAACGAGAUCAAGAUGCUUCUUCUGGGUGCUGGUGAAUCCGGAAAGUCGACCAUUCUGAAGCAGAUGAAGCUGAUCCACGAGGGCGGCUACUCACGCGACGAGCGUGAGUCGUUCAAGGAGAUCAUCUACAGCAACACCGUCCAGUCCAUGCGCGUCAUCCUCGAGGCCAUGGAGUCUCUGGAGCUCCCGCUGGAGGACCAGCGCAUGGAGUACCACGUCCAGACCAUCUUCAUGCAACCCGCCCAGAUCGAGGGCGAGGUCCUGCCGCCUGAGGUUGGCAAUGCCAUUGAGGCUCUGUGGAAGGACCGCGGUGUGCAGGAGUGUUUCAAACGCUCGCGCGAGUACCAGCUCAACGAUUCGGCUAGAUACUACUUCGACAACAUUGCUCGCAUUGCUGCGCCCGACUACAUGCCCGACGACCAGGACGUCCUGCGGUCGCGUGUCAAGACGACCGGUAUCACCGAGACGACCUUUAUUAUCGGCGACCUCACUUACCGCAUGUUCGACGUCGGUGGCCAGCGUUCGGAGCGGAAGAAGUGGAUUCACUGCUUCGAGAACGUCACGACAAUUCUGUUCCUCGUCGCUAUUUCCGAGUACGACCAGCUUCUGUUCGAGGACGAGACGGUCAACCGUAUGCAGGAGGCGCUUACCUUGUUCGAUUCCAUCUGCAACUCGCGGUGGUUCAUCAAGACGUCUAUCAUUCUCUUCCUGAACAAGAUCGACCGGUUCAAGGAAAAGUUGCCAAUCUCCCCCAUGAAGAACUACUUCCCCGACUACGAGGGAGGUGAUGACUACGCCGCCGCUUGCGACUACAUCCUGAACCGCUUCGUCAACCUCAACCAGCACGAGAGCAAGCAGAUCUACACACACUUCACCUGCGCUACGGACACAACACAAAUUCGCUUCGUCAUGGCGGCUGUUAAUGAUAUCAUCAUUCAGGAGAACUUGCGUCUAUGUGGUCUUAUCUAA